UUGCUUAAAAGAGCAUUUCUUUUGAGGACAGGAAGAUAAGGAACCUACAUUUGACAGUGUUAAGACUAUUGUUGGGAUGCUUGAAGUUUCUGCAGAAUUUGCACAAAACAUUACCUUCAAUCAGGGCAGAAUACAGAAGUCUUUACCAGCUGGUCAUCUUGAUGCCACCACACUUGCUGAUUAUCUUGUGAAGAAGCAAAUACCUUUUAGAACUUCACAUGAUAUAGUGGGAAAGGCAGUGGCUUUGUGCGUAUCAAAGAACUGCCAACUUCAGGAACUAAGUCUUGAUGAUCUGAGAGGCAUAAGUCCAGUGAUUGAUAGGGAUGUGUAUGAAUAUCUCGGGGUAGAAAAUGCAGUUAAGAAAUUCAGCUCAUAUGGUUCCACAGGAUAUUUAUGUGUUGCUGAACAACUUGACUACUGGGUUAGCAAACUUGAAAUCAACGAAGUAGCUCAUUGUUGUUAAUGGCGGCAGAGAUGACUUUUUUGAGAUCUAGGACUUUGCUGGGAUGAGGAGUCUCUAUCUAAAAAUGGUUAUGUGGCAGGCCACAACAAUGCAAACUUGCAAUUACUUAGAUUGAAUAGUUGCCUGUCUUAUUAAGAUCUUGAAUGAACAACUGGGAUUGAAGUUCUAGUGUGGAGACAGUUCACAUUGGUUCGAGAGUUCAGUUAGCAGUGGUAUUUAAGCUGGUUCUUGUCCCGAUGGAGGUAUAAUUUGCAUCCACCCUUAAUGUGGUUUUAGAAUUGUUUUCCACCGGGGAAGUUUUUUAGUUUUGGAAUUUUGAAUUUUCAUGAAUAAUUACUAGAAGUUUAAUGCAA